GGGACCAGUCACGUGAUCCAAUAUGUUCCUGACUAAGCUAACAUCAACAUGGCUGCGGAGGAUCUGCCUUCCGAGUUCGACGUCGUCAUCCUCGGCACAGGUCUCGCCGAGUCAGUGGUGGGAGCCGCCUGCUCUCGAGUCGGACAGAAGGUUCUCCACCUGGACAGGAAGACUUACUACGCCUCAAACUGGGCGAGCUUCACUUUCAAUGGCCUUCUCACCUGGAUACAGCAACAACAGGAAAACCCUCCACCAGAGGAGCGCCAGGAUUUGUCUGGACUUUUGGAGGAAGGCGAGGAGCUGAUCUACCUGAACAACUCGGACUCACCCUCUGUUAGCAACUUGCAGGUGUUCUGCUACGCCAGUGAGGAGGAUGAAGAGGAGGAAGAGGAGGCACAGAAGACGACAGAAGAAACAGGAGAGGUGAAACUAGAAAGCGGCGAUGCAGUCUCAGGUCCAGAAGAAGAAACAGAAGAGAAGGUGGAUGAAAGUGAUGAUAAACAAGAUGAAGAGCCCAGCGAAGACGCGCCGGAGCCUCCCAAACAACCCGAGUCGCCCAAGAAGAAGAAAAUAAGCUACGCUCAGCUGGUGAAGGAAGGUCGCAGGUUCAACAUCGACCUUGUAUCCAAGCUCAUGUACUCUCGCGGAGCUUUGGUCGACCUGCUCAUCAAGUCAAACGUCAGCCGUUACGCCGAGUUCAAGAACGUCACGCGGAUUCUCACCUAUCGGAAUGGAAGUGUGGAGCAGGUGCCCUGCAGCCGAGCCGACGUGUUCGCCAGCCGUCAGCUGUCCAUGGUGGAAAAGAGGAAGCUGAUGCGCUUCUUGACUUCCUGUAUGGAGGAGUCUGAAGAACAGCAGGCCUACAACGGUCGGCCGUACGCUGAGUUUCUCCGUGACCAGCAGCUGGGCGACAAUCUGCAGCACUUCCUGCUGUAUUCCAUUGCCAUGGCGACAGAAGUCACGCCCACCGAAGUGGGUCUUGCAUCAACACGCCACUUCCUGCGCUGCUUGGGUCGCUACGGCAACACACCGUUUCUGUUUCCUGUGUAUGGCCUGGGAGAGAUACCGCAGUGCUUCUGCAGGAUGUGUGCUGUGUUCGGAGGAAUCUACUGUCUGAGACACUCAGUCCAGAGUCUGGUGGUCGACAAGAACAAGAACAGGUGUAAAGCUGUGAUUGACAGCCGCGGGCAGCGAAUCAGCUGCAGCCAUUUUGUAGCAGAAGACUCAUACGUCACUGCUGAGACAAAGAAGACAUCAGCCAGGUUUCUGUCACGAGCGGUUCUGAUCACUGACGGGUCGGUUCUCCCCAGCGACUCAGAGCAGCAGGUUUCCAUGGUGACGGUUCCUCCAGAGGAAGCCGGUCAUCCUGCGGUCCACAUGGUGGAGCUGUGUUCGUCCACCAUGACGUGCAUGCCGGGAACAUAUCUGGUCCAUCUCACCUGUCAGUCUGUUGGCUCCGCCCACGAGGACCUGUCACCACUCAUUACCAAGAUCUUCCGCACGCCCGAGUCCCCUGACAAAGAAGCUCCAUCUGUCCUGUGGUGCAUGUACUUCAACAUGGCUGACGGUUCUUCUGUGGAGGUUCAGGGUCAUCAACUGCCAUCCAAUGUGUACCUGUGCACGGGACCCGAUGGAAGUCUAGGACACGAGCACGCGAUCGGGCAGGCCGAGUUCAUCUUCAAGAAUAUCCUCCCCAAUGAAGAGUUCUGUCCUCCGGCACCCAACCCAGAAGACAUCAUCUACGACGGAGAAAACGGCUCGUCCACGGAGGAGGCAGAGAAGGUGGCGGAGGAAGAGGAGUCGGAGCAGCGCACGUUACCAGUUGAAGAGUGAAAUUUAACUUAAAAGCCAAACUUGACGAAGAUGCCUUCCAUUAUUUAACGUGUUAUUUUUCUAUUUGUUUUCAUUCUCUCUGAAACAUUAAAAUCAUGAAAGAUCCCUGAAGACUGUCAGGUUU